UAGGCUUGAGAAAUACCUAGAAAAACUGAGUAAACUCCCAAAAUUGGCCCAAGCCACCACCUUAAAUACCAUCUUCAGGUAAGAAGUGGGUAGGAGCCAGUUAUGAGAGGUUACCAGGAAAAGGAACAACGAGGGUAAGGUUGUUAUACAGAAUUAAGUCUAGUGCCUCCUCAUUGAUGAGAUACUCUGGUGAUUUAGUCAUCCUUCUCUUCCCGGUACAGAGAAAAAGACACAAAUUAAAAUUCCCUUUAUAAAUGUAAAUGACCCUGACAAAAGAGUAAAUUGUACUCUGUUUUUAGAAAUGUUUUUGUGUAUGGUGUUUUUAAAAAAAUAAUCAGCUCAAAAAUAGUCCUUCUGCCAAAGAAGCAUAUGGGAGUGGGGGAAUGGGGAGUCAUAUUCUGGUACCCUUAGCAACUAACAGUCACUUCCUCCUGAAUGAGAAAGUACAGUAUUUGCCAUAAAUACUGUAUAAGCCUCCACUAAAAUUCUCAGCCGAAGAAAUAAACAGCCUCAGAUGCAAAGAGCAAAGGGAGCAAAACAAUCCAGAGUUUAAAAGCGAACCUCUUUACUAGCUUCGCUCUCCCACAUAGUCAUUGGAUCACUGCCGAGAGGGGCGGAGCCAAAGGGGCGCUGUCAGUGACUCUUUUCCCGCCUGCGCUUUCAGUUCUCAACGAGGUCCGACUAUAGCUUAUAAUUGCUCUUGACCAAGUAGUAGCCUAUUGCAUUCUGUACGUUUGCGAUAAUUUAGGUAAUCAUGUCUGGACGCGGCAAAGGCGGCAAGGGUCUGGGUAAGGGAGGUGCUAAGCGCCACCGCAAGGUUCUGCGCGACAACAUCCAGGGCAUCACCAAGCCAGCUAUCCGCCGCCUGGCCCGGCGUGGCGGGGUGAAGCGCAUUUCCGGCCUCAUCUACGAAGAGACCCGCGGGGUGCUGAAAGUGUUUCUGGAGAACGUGAUCCGGGAUGCCGUCACCUACACAGAGCACGCCAAGCGCAAGACUGUCACCGCCAUGGACGUGGUCUACGCGCUCAAGCGCCAGGGACGCACUCUCUACGGCUUCGGCGGCUGAAGUCUCGUUCUAUAUAUUUUUUAAAGGCCCUUUUUAGGGCCGCCCACCUCCGCUCAGGAAGAGCUGUACGCGACUUCCGUGUUCAAAAAGCAUCUGUUGGAAAAAAAAGUGGUUCUGUUUUAAGGGUAAAUUAGCCUUAACUACAGGCCAAACGGUUCGCUUUCACUGCCGGUCUCCAUCAGCCAAUCUUCGGGCACCUGCUAAGAGUAGCGGUACCCUCGCCUAAUCAGGCUGCAAGGGCUCGCUUGUGGGUGGGGCUAACGCUGGACUAAGGAAAGCUAAUGAGAGAGGGGUCUGGAAGUCCCGGUAACCUCGAUGAAGGACUUACGGCCCGGCGUCCCCAGCUUUUUCUAGCAGGAGGGAUCCUGCCUACCCCACAUCGUCUGUAAAAGGAGCAUCAAUUGCCAGCCGGAGUUUCGUCGAGGAGGAAGUUUCUUUCCUGGGAAGC